CAUCAUCAAGAGGCUUCCUUAUCUUUCAUAUGCUCAACGGUAGUGGGUCAAGGUUGCUGUUGCCAUAUUAGGCUUCAUUCAAAGCUAUCAUUUGCACCCUGAUCAUCUGGGUUAAACCAAGGAAGAAAAUACCCCAAGGGCGGUCGCUACAAUGACCUCUCUGUCACACUCCGGAGACACCAAGUUCACCGUCUUUAUCCGCCUGCCAUGCUCCCGGGGGGAGUUUGUGGAUCCUCCCCCGAUGGAAUGGAAUGCAGCUAAGGACCAGGCUCUCUGGGAUAUCCUUUCGCGGCCCUCGAAAGGCGAUGAUCUAGAUUGGAAGGCAUUAGCAGAUCACUUCGAAGUCACACUUCAGUUCUUACUUCAGCAGGCAGCAUGGCUGUACGACCGUCAGCUGUCGCAAGUGCGCGCGCAAAUGCGCAAAGUGCCGACCACGCAGUCGACAUCUACAUCGCCGGCGCCCGGCUCGAUAUCCGGUAGCACUGCCCUCGGUCAAGCUAAGGCUGCCGCAAGCAAUGCUCCGAGAGCCCCCAGUCGCUUGGCGCAGCAGAAGGAGUCCCUGCCACAACGAGCUCCGAUCCCUAGACGCACAAGCUCGACGACAACCAUAAAUCAACUGAAGUCUGCUCGAGAGCCAUUGCGCAACGAACCACCGGUUUCCGAGCCAAAAGAGCUAAGCCGCGAGGCUCAUGCUCCACGGCCAUCCGCCACGCGACGAGAUCCUCCGAUUCCCAAGUCACCCACUCUCGAGGAGGAAGACCUGACAUCCAGCUCGUCCGAGUCCGAGUCUGGGGAGGACGAGCGAAUGGACAGCCGACGGGGACUCAGAUUCAGACCAUUUGGCAAAUUCUCGACGUAUAAGCCAGGAUUGCGGGAUGAUGAGGAAGAGGACGACGAUUCACCGGCUUUUCUUCCCCUAUCCUCCGGUGCAGCCCAUACCCCCCACCAUCCCUCAGGCUCGGAUCUUCAUGCCACGCUACGAUUGAACGAGGAGGACGUACCUACAGUCUCCAAUCGACGCCCCGCCGAACAACAUCAUGCAGUCAGAAAGUCUCCUACCGCGGAUUCAUCCACGAGCUCUGUCAGCUCCGGAGUCCCAGUGACGCAUUCCGCGACCGAUCGCCGACGACAUAUGCACCAAAGCGGCGGCCCUUUGAGCCCUCGUCGCGCCGCCGAGCUAACCCCCUUCAGUCCGCGGCGGUCGAUUGCAUCUGCGGGUCGAGAGACCAGCGAUGGGACGCCUAGUAUGGGAAGUAGCUUUAGUGACCUGGAUGAUGCCAGCGUCACGCAGUCGGCGCUCGAAGAGGCUCUUAUGAGCAAUAUGCAGCAUGGCGGAAUGGCAAGCCGCAUGAGCACUUUUAGCCAGGCCUUGCGAAGUCGCUAUCUGCCUUGAAUAGGGACUUUGAUCUCACUGUUCUUUUCUUUUCUCAGUGUCUACACCGGAUGAUUUUCUCAAGCAAAGGGCGUAUCGACAGAUUGGAUGUACUCAAAUCUACCAAUGUUUCUUCGUAUACCUCUAAAUGCACCAUGAUCACUUUCGGUCCCUUGACUACCAUGUACAGUACGACUCAUCUCAAUUGGCUGUCCGAUCAUGACAAGUGUCAUUUCAAGUCGUUGAAGCCGGUUUCCCACCCACAGGAGAUUCCUCGUCUGUUCUCCGGGGUACUCAGUACAAUCACCGUGCUUAUCUCCGCCAGGCUUGAGCUUAAAUCCUGCAGAACCCGGGGGCUUAUCGCAACCUGCUCGGAUCGGGACUAGCGCUGUCAGCACGACGGAGAUAAGACCCAGGAGCUUGCCAGCUUUCUUUGGCUCGACAAACC